AUGAAUGAUACUAUUGUAAAAGAGAUAAUGCCUACAAAGAUUAGUGAUAAAGAGAAGAAGAUUAUUGAAUAUCUAGAGGAAGAGCUAUUAUUAGAGCAAUUCACAGAUCCCUUGUUGAAAUAAAUGAACUUUGAGUUGUCAAAGAAGAAAACCAUAUUCUCAUUUAGAUCUAUGGACUCUGACACUGAAAUCUCUGAAGCUACUUCUUGUUCAACCAUUAAGAGUAGCAAACUAUAAAUGUGUAAGUCGCCCUUGUUUAGAAGAAGACUCAGUGCAUUAGUUUUAGAGUAGUUAUCUUGA